ACCCCUCUCUUCUGAUAUUUUAUUUACUCCCGAAACCCAAGAUGGCUCCUGUGAAUGUCUCAGCCCCAAAGCAAAGCGAGGAUGAGAGCAGCUGCUGAAAAAACUACUUUCCCCCGACCGUCGCAUCCCCUGGAGUUCGACCCGUAUGCUGCGGAGGAGGCUCUAACGCCCGCCUAGGCCCCGAGCAGCCUUUGGUGCUUCGCGGAAGCCUCUUCAAUCCAACAAUUUUGAAGUAGUUUCGCGAAGUAGCUCUUCUCGGGUGUCGCUGUCUGUCCGGAGCCGAGGUUCAGGCAGGCGUCUCAUCCAAAUGGCCGAACCGAGAAAAGUGCAGUUUGUCACCCUCUCGGCCUUCGCGGCUGGAGCUGCCGCGGAGUCUAGGAAGCGCCGGCUGGAGGGAGAGGCCGACCUCAACUUCGACAGAGCCGGGGAGSCGGACGAGGCGGCUGGCGGGGCAGGAAGAGAAGGAUCCGCCAGCAAUGGUCGUCUCGGUAAAACCGGCGACAGGGACAACAAGGCUGCCGCCGAGAGGAGGACCUUUCGGAUCAACCUGUCCCUGUCGGAGCCGGACGAACACUCCUCAGCGGAGUUUAAUUAUGGCGAGCUCAUCCAGAACCUGAAGGGUAACACAGGGACGAAGAAGAAGAAGGACAGAAUGCAAGAUUUGAUUGAUAUCGGUUUUGGUUACGAUGAAACGGAUCCAUUUAUAGACAACUCAGAAGCUUAUGAUGAGCUGGUGCCUGCAUCUCUGACCACAAAGCUUGGGGGAUUUUACAUCAACACUGGAACGCUGCAGUUCAGAGCGACCUCUGAUUCAGAGGGGGAGGAGGACAAGAAGCUGAACAACGAUACAGAGCAGGUGGUUAAGAAGAGGAAAAAGGAGGUGAAUAAUGUUGAAGAGAAGAACUUGAAGAACAGCUUACCUAAACAAGGAGUGACAGCGCUCAACCUCCACCGACCGGAGAAGAAGAAGAGGAAGAAACUGAUGAAGGACUCUCUGUACCUGGCAGCAAUGCUGCGUCGCUUCACCCGGGAGAAAGAGGAGAUGAGGAAAACAAACCCCAGCGUGGAUCCCCUCGUCGUGUCGGGAGGUGCGGCUAACAAGUCCCACUCGGGCAACGCCACAAACCUCCCAUUAGUUUCUAACUCCACCCAGCUGCAGGCCGGCACAGCUGGCAGCGACCUCGCUCUGAAGGACCUCACCUCGGACCCCGCCGCCAUGUCUCUACUGGGCUCGGCCACCGAGAAGGAGCUGCAGGAUCUGUUGGGCGACUUGGACUUCAGUUUGUUGGACACGGAUCAGCAGAAUGCCGUGUCGACAGCCAGGGAGAACGGCAUUCUGGGUAUUGGCGCUCCUGCUCAUAAAGCGGCAGUAGGAGGAGGAGGAGGGGGUCAAGGGCGAGGCCUGGGGUCUUCCAGCGGACUAUUCUCUCCGCCGCCUCUACCUGAUGGACUGCCUGCUCCCCUGAUUAAACGCAUCGAGGACCUGCGGGCGGCUUCGCGGCAGUUUGAUCAGGAGGGCAGGAAGAAAUUUUUCACCCUGGACAUGAAUAACAUUCUCCUGGAUAUCGAGCUGCAGGUCCAGGAGCAGCCUCCCGAGGUGCGCUCAGGCAUCUAUUCGCACAUGGAAGCRUUUGUGCCGUGCAACAAAGAGGCCCUCCUCAAGCGCCUCAAAAAGCUCAGCCUCAACAUCCAGGACGACCGUCUGCGAGCGCCUCUGCUGAAGCUGAAGUUGGCCGUGUGCAGCGUGAUGCCGGAGCAGAUAGCUAGAUAUGACAUGGACUGCAUGGCCAAGGCUGCAAAACAGCAGUCAGAAGAGGGCGAUAAGAACGGCUCUGAAGAGGAGGAUGAGGAAAGACCAGGAAAAAGAGUGAUGGGUCCUCGAAAGAAGUUUCUCUGGGAUGAGAAGCUCAGGAACCUGCUGUGUAACUUGGUGCGAGUGAAGCUGAGCUGCUAUGAGCUGGAGAAGCAGUGCUCUCUGUCUKUGGAGGACUACCUCAAGGCCUUCUUAGAGAACGAGGUCAAACCACUAUGGCCCAAAGGCUGGAUGCAGACCAGGAUUCUGUUCAAGGAGAGUUUUGUUGUUCACGGUCACCUCACUGGAAAUCUAGUGAAGAGGAGGAUGGUGCCCGGACCGAAGGCCAAAGCCAAGGAGGGUCUUUGGACCAACAAGCCUCCUCUGACCAUGACCACCAUCCCAUCUCUGGCCCCGACACCCAGCCGCCCCCCGCCUCCCUCCUCCUCCUCGCCCCCGGAGCCCAUCUGUCUGUCGGACUCUCUGGAUGAGGAUUUGACGGCUCCCUCUCUGGACUCCAUCUCUCACGCUCUGGCCAUCCUCAGCAACGCAUCCAAGGGCCUGGGCUUCCUGGCGGAGAGCCCCCUUUCACCCCCGCCCCUGCAGAUACCCACCUCUUCUCCUCCCCCCGUCGCCCCUCAUUACCCCUCGGCCUCUCAGGUGUCCGUGUCUGUUUCAUCCGCGCCUCAGCAUCACCCCCCGUCGAAGGCGGAGGCCUCUCCCCCGCUGGGAACCAUGCCAGUCCUCUCCUCCUCUACCUCCUCGUCUCCGGUCGUGUCCUCCGUGGUCCGCGUGACGGCAUCGGGCGUGUCGCUAGCCACUAGGACUGCGGAAGAUCAUUACGCUCAGAUUAAAGCUAUGGAGGUCCAAAGCCCGACUCAGAGACUCAUUUCCAGACCUGCCUCCAUUAUGGGCAAGAUGCACCCCCACCCGUCUCCCUCACCCCCGAAGCAGCGGCCUCCCCCCACAGCUUCCCCUCUGCUCCCUCCGCAUCCGAAGGGUUUCGCCAGCCCAGCAGGGAUCCUGGGAACGUUGGGAACUGGUCAGGGACUGUCCAAGACCAGCACCAAAUCUGUCAGCAACGGCAGCGUCGCACCUUCCUCCUCCUCUUCGUCGCAGUCCCGGCCCAGCUCCACGCCCAACCUGCAGUCGUUCUGCCCCCCCUCCCCCGCAGCGUCCUCGCCGUCCCCCACCUCCCAUAGCUCCCACCCCUCUCAAGCUAAACCCCACCCGCACCGUCACCCUCAGCCCAACUUCAUCACCCCCAUGCAGGUCACCCUCACCAAGUCGUCCCACAGCAGCAGCUCCUCCCCCAUCAUCAAACUCACCCCCCGGCCUCCUGCGCCCACCCCUCCUCCCUCCUCCUCCCCCUCCCCGUCAUCCUCGCCCUCGCACCAGCUCCCCCAUCAGAUCAUCUCCAACCAGCAGCAGCUCCAGUACGCUCCCAAAACGCCCAAAACCUUCCGGCCCCCCUUCAGCGGGCAGGUAAAGCAAACGCCGGGCGGCUGCAGCUUCGCCGGCGCCCAGAAACCUCCGCCCACCACGAGCAGCGUCAACAGCAACUCCAACAACAAAGGAGCGGUGUCGGCGGACAAAACGCCCCUUUCCUCCACAGCUACAGGCUCAGCCAAUCAGAGGCAGAGGGCGGUGGGUGGGGCUAACCAGGGCUCAAAGGCAGGAAACGGUUGGGCAGCUUCAAGCACUUUGACCUCAUCAGCUACAACGAUAAACCUCUCACAGGUGUCAAAUGCCGGCUCCGCCCUCCUGAGCAACCACUCCGCUCUCCCUCUGGGCUUUGGGAUGUUAGGAGGCCUGGUGCCCGUCUCGCUACCCUUUCAGUUCCCUUCGAUGCUUAAUUUCAGCGCUCCUGGAGCCCCGGGAGCAGCUGGGAUGGGAUCAGCUCCCAGCUCCAACUCAGGAUACCCGCUAGCACAGAGCGACCUAAUGGAUCUAUAUAAGAGCCUCCAGUCAGGGUCGCAGGCUGCCCUACCUCCUCACUUGCAGCUUGCUUUUUCAGACGUGAACCAAAGCCAGAGUGGAGACAUGAAGAGGAAAACCCACUGACCAAUAGGAGCGCAGGAGAUGAUGCCGAGGAAAACCCACUGAUAAUAGGAGCACAGGAGAUGAUGCCAGCAGAGUGACAUCAUACCCUCCUGGACGCGCUAACCURUAGGAAUACGUGUUCAACACGUGGCGGCGUCCGCCGGCUCCUAACAGACCUAAAAGUCGCUUCAAGUGGCAGUGAAUUAAUUUACCUGUAUUUUCUCUAAAGAACCAGGUGUGAGAACAAGACAGAGUAAAUGGCAGGUACACUUCCUUUUGUUCGGCUUCUUCUUUUUAUUUUUCGUCAACAUGUUUACAUACGACUGACCUCGAUCACUGUGGAACUGAGUGCGAGCGAGGUGGCGGUACAUGUGUGAGUAGGAGUACGCUACGUAAUAUUUGUAUUUAAGAAUUAUAUGAAACAAUAGGAAACUUGUUCUCGCAGAGGAAAAGAAAAGCAGAAUAUAAUUAUUAUUAUUAAAUUUGUGUUUUUCUGUUCGUCGCCAACGUGGGAAUUGUGUCUGUAGAAGUUUAUUGUUGGUCACCUCUGCUCCCACAAAUGACUGUUAAGUAGUAGCUUAAAUUAAUAUUGCUAAAUUAUUUUUUAAUUUACACAGGGAUAAAAAUGUGUGUGUGUGUGUGUGUGUGAGGUUGAUUUGAAUGUGUGUGUAGAUAAGAAAAAUGUGCUGUUAAUUACUUUGAGAUGAUUUUUAUGACUGAGUAAAGACAUUUCCCCCUUCCACAAAAAGAGCAAGUUUGAAGCCCCA